GGUUCAAACGGUUUAUACGAAAACCAGAGAACUAUGAACAUUGAACCUAACUACAGAGAACAUAGGUUGAACCAAACGAAAUGUGGACCGGGCCCAGUAGUUAGUUCCGAAGUGUCCGAACCCGGUCCAGACGGUUUAUGAAUCGGACAUCAGCAACUUCAUUUGUGGAGUGCCGAUUGCGCCGGAAGGGAAAUACCAGCAUUCUGUCAAAUUGAGAAGGUGCGCCUUUCUAAACGCAACGCCUCAGACACCACAGGGGUUAACCGGUUAUCACUCACCGCCUCUUGUCCGCCAUGAUCUCCUACAAAAGGCAGGCCAACAUCCCAUCUUUUCCCUUACUUUUAUCCCUCCUCCUUCUUUGACUCCAGUCUUCCAGGAAACAUGGCUCUCAACUCUCAGGGAAUCCUUGCAGCGGUGACCAUCGCAAUGUAUAUUCCCUUCCUGUUCAUUUCCCUCAGGUUGGUGAUGAAGUACGGCAUAUCGCGAGGUGAUGGUUGGGUCUUGUUGUUGGUGUUCAGCAUCAUCCGAAUAUUGGGAGGUGCUUUGCUUGUCGCAGCUGAGGAUAUCACGCCCGCAAACAUUUCACUUUACAUCGGCGGCUAUGCCCUAGAAUCAUCUGGCCUGUCUCCACUGUUGCUUUGCACGCUGGGUCUGUUGCAUUCAGUGUUCCUAACACCCGAUGGCUUUUCGAGAUAUAAUAGACAAUUCCGCCUUCUUCAACUCCUUGGCACGGUCGCUCUCAUUCUUGUCAUCGUUGGUAUCUCCGAAGAGUCAGGUUCUAGCUCAAGCUCGAGUGCAAACACCAUGCGCAGGGCCGGUGUCAUCCUCUUUUGUGUCUUAUACAUUAUCCUUGUCGGCAUUUGCAUCUUUCUAUGGACACAAAUCCACUUUGUUUUGAGAUAUCGCAAGCAGCUCUUGAAGGCUGUCUCCAUCGCACUGCCAUUCCUGGCCAUUCGGACGCUCUACAGCGUCUUGUCCACGUUCUCUUCAGAUUCAUUCUCGGUAACCGGAACCACCGAGCCCAACACUAGCGACCUGGCAAAAUUCAAUAUUUUGACGGGCGAAUGGCAAAUCUACCUCGUAAUGGACAUGCUCAUGGAGUAUGCCAUUGUGAUCAUCUAUUCUGUUGCAGGCAUCGUGCUUCCCCUCAACGAAGAUUACAAGUCUGCAGAUUCAUAUCAAGAUGAGUACCCCUUGAGUAAGCCUCAGAUGUCAGCACCGAGGCGCCAGUGAAUGAGAGUCGUGUCCAGUAAUGAAGCGGUUAAUGGAUUUAAUAAUACCAUCCUAAUGACACAUCUGUUUGCGGGCUCACUCACCACCCGUAAAUAUGAAUACGAUAGACGUAACCGCGGCUCUAGAUUGAAUUAGCGCUAAUACAGUACGCACCUUUACCAGCCAUGCAUCUAGUAGGCACAUACAAGUACUUAUGUCGAUGAAUGGGAUACUUACAUAUGUCAUGCAGUUCAAAAGUUAAAACUUGUCCGAUAUUUUCUUUGACCUCUUAAUUCACAUUUAAUUACCUGUCGACAUGACAGUUCGCUUUUGGGCCUCGUGAACGCGCUAAUGUAACUUUAGCUAAAGCACCA